AUGGGCCAAUGUACCGAUGAUCAGGAUCAGCGGAUGGGAAGUCUCGAAUACUUGCCUUUGAUACGCAAGCAUUUAAUUGAAAAAGGAACAAUCUUCCCCAAUCAUUAUGUAACGACAUCUAUUUGCUGUCCCUCUCGUGUUUCGAUCCUCCGGGGACAACUGGCUCAUAACCAUAAUUUCACCGAUGUCUUUGCACCACAUGGAGGGUACGAUAGAUUUCUGGAAAAGGGUCUUAAUGAAGAGUAUCUGCCAAAAUGGUUGCAGGCGGCAGGUUAUGAUACUUAUUAUAUCGGAAAGUUUCUGAAUGGCUACGGACUCGACAACUACCAGCAAACCCCUGGGGGCUGGAACAUCUUUGAUGCGCUAAUUAAUCCUUGGAUUUACGAUUACUUCCACUCUGUCUUUUCUCGGAAUGGUGCCGAACCCAGACACUAUCCGGGAUGGCAUCAAGUCGAUGUAAUUGCUGAGAAGGCGCUUGAUGUUUUGGAAUCACAUUUGAAAUCCAAGGAGAAGCCGUUUUUCUUGUACCUCGCUCCCACGGCACCGCACACUACAGUGUACUUGAGUACGUUUCCGCCCGACGCUACCGACGAAUCAGACAUUAUAAUUACAGAAGCACUUCCAGCUGUUAGGCAUCAGCACCUGUUUUCAACUGUGAAGGCUCCACGUGUGCCAAAUUUCAAUACCGCCAACGUGGAAGGGAAGCCCAGGUACAUCAACCAACUACCGUUGCUUAACGAUUCAACAAUCGAGACUCUCGAUCGGUGGUAUCGACAACGACUGAGGACCUUGCAGUCCGUGGACGAAUUGCUCGACUCUGUUGUCAAGACCUUAGAAGAAAAUGGCGUCCUAGACAAUACGUACAUCUUUUUGACUGCGGAUAAUGGAUAUCACAUUGGAACGCAUCGCCUGAAUGCAGGAAAGACAACACCUUAUGAAGAGGAUGUCAACGUACCCUUCAUUGUCCGGGGGCCCGGCGUCAAAAAAGGAGCGGUUAACGACAAUGUCAACACGCACACAGAUAUUGCUACGACCCUUCUGCAGAUAGCCGGCGCAAGCUUGCCACCAAUCGAACUCGACGGCAUUCCAAUCCCAAUUCACGAGUCCGAUUCGAUCGACGACGAGGCGGUUUACGAAAGUUUCAAUGUGGAAUUCUGGCGGCCAGUUGUGCCCGAAGUAUGCAAGCUCCUUUAUAACAUCCCGUACGCACUCGAAAACAAUUACAGAUCUGUACGUGUAGUUGCCCCCGAUUACAGCUUUCUGUAUACAGUCUGGUGCACUGGCCAUAGGGAGCUCUACAACCACACCGCUGAUCCCUACCAAUUACACAAUAUCUACGAAACCGUCGAUGGGCGAGUACUGCAGCGGUUGGAUGCGUUGUUAGUUGCGCUGCAUGAAUGCAAGGGCAAAACAUGUAGUAAGCCUUGGGAGUAUAUCCACAAGGCCAAACACGCUAGAACGCUUCGUGAUGCCCUAUCUCCUUCGUUGGACCCCUUUUAUGAAAAACAUCAACACCGCCUGCGAAUCAAUGCGUGCCUAGACCAUUACGAAAGGGAAAACGAAAUUGUGGAAUCAACGACUUCCGAGGUGCACGGUAGUAGUCGCCUCGUGUUGCAAGGACAAGGACAUUCACAAGGUCAAGACGAUUUCGUCGUGGCGCAAAACAAUCUGAACGCCCGAUGGGGGCGUGCGAUAAAGGGAAAGCGGUAUAAACAUCCCAGAGUGAGGAAGAUCUUUGAACCGCGGACGGAUAUUGAAGAGUAUGGGGUGCCGCUUACCGUUGAAGAAGUUAAAUUGGGGCUCAAGCCUAAUGCAUAUGAUUACGAUUAG